AUGCCUAGGCGAAAGCUGAGUGACCGCACGGUCUGCAAUAUUCCACCACGGACAGCGAUGCUCGACGGCGAAGAGCUAGUGAAGAUCGCCAGUAAGAACAAUGUUGGGCCAACUGGUUUGCGCAUAGAAGAUAGAUUGUCGAUUCACGGGAUCCAGUUCGGUAGCGCGUCAAAAAUUCUGAACAGAGAGGCAGCACAGAAGGCUCGGGAUCGUAAGAAGGACUCCAUUAAAAUGAUGGAACAGUGUAUUGCUCAACUGCGAUCGGAGAAUCGGUUCCUCCGCCGUACGAAUGUAGCUUUGAAGGAGAAGUGUCGGGACCAUGAACAGAAAUUUAUUUCCCUGCGGAGAGAGCUUGAUGCACUUAUCCAGAGCUUAAGGACUGGAAACCGGAAGCAGAUUGAGCCGUCCGAGUCAGCAGUACUCACCCCUCAGCAGCAGGGCGUGGCUCUCUGUCUUCUGGUAUUCCUAUUCCUCCCUCUCCUCGCAGACUCGGAAUUUUUCCUCCCCGAACUCGCAACAAUUGAGGUGUCUUCCGAAGUUACAAUUCCGCCCUCAGAAACUCCUGAAGCUGAUGCCCAUGAGAUAGACAUCGCCCCUAUAGUUCCCUCCUCAUCUGUUUACGAUCUCAUUUACCAAUCUUUCUGCGAUAGCGAAGCCAAUAGCGACGUCAUUUUGAGUCCAUCGUCCACCUCAGAUGAAAGUCUUGAUGACAUCCUUCAGUGUCUUGAGGCAGAUGGGUACUGCUCCGACGCGCUAGACAGCACCAUCCCCUCCCUCACCCCCGAGUAUUCUUUCAUAGACGCACCCUGA